CGCUUAGUAUGAAACUUUUUGGAACGUCCUGUAUUUUUGGUCGUAGGAGUAACAUCCGUGCGUCGUUAGUCUUCCCCCAACGCGACACAGUGUAACAAGUGACACGUCAUUUGGAUCAAGUAUAUUUACUGCGUUUGAAUAUCUUUCGAAAUGGUGAUUCUAAAUAAUACAAACAAUAAUGAUAAGUUUUUCUUUUAUCCAAAUACCAAAACUAUCGGCAAUUCAGAUAUUACGGUAGAUCUUAACUUAAAUAUUAUAUUGAGUGGGUUGUUAAUAGUGUUACUGUUUGUCAGUUUGGCGGGAAAUAUAAGCACGUGUGCGGUUAUCGUCCGCAAUCGCUCCAUGAGAACCCCUACCAAUUAUUACUUGUUCAAUCUAGCUGUAGUGGACCUAGUGACUGCUUUAUGUAUUCCCUUUGAGAUUUAUAUCCUGUGGAAGCCUCAAUAUUUUCCGAUCGGCGAAAUUGGUUGUCGAAUUCAUUUCAUUGUUUGGGAUUGUCUAAGUAAUUGUAGUGUGUUAACAAUAUUUGCUUUUACUAUUGAAAGAUAUAUUGUUAUAACAAAACCCUUUCUCAGACAAAGCCUUGUUUUAACGUCGCGAGUGAAAAAAAUUGUAACCUUCAAUUGGUUGUUAUCUUGUUUAUUCUGUUUGCUGCAAGUUUUCAAUGUGUUUUUGUACAAACGUGACAAAGGUAUAUAUUGUCUGUUUCAAGUAACUGAUAAAACGUUGAUUAUUAUGAGUAUUGAUCUUUUUAUAUUUUUUGCUCUCCCGAUGACUGUUAUAUUAGUUAUUUAUAUUUUGAUUGCAAUAAAGUUGAGGGAAACGAACGGAAAACUAAUUACCAGUCCUGGCAAUAUACAAAGGAACAAGAACAAAGCUGUCGCAAUGCUGGCAGCUGUAGCCGCUUUCUUCUUUAUCUGUUGGUUUCCGUACUUCGUUCUCCAAAUGAUGAUGAUCAUACCACGAUUUAGAUCAGAUGAAUAUUUUAAUUUGUGGCAGGUUUUUGGAUAUUUGAGUUUAGUUAACAGCUAUAUGUCAACUGCGGUCAAUCCAAUUCUUUACGGGCUUAUGUCUCGCAAAUUUCGGCAGGCGUUCAAAAAUUUAUUUGUUGGGCGGAAAUCUAUGGCGAUAGAGGACGCCAAUCAUGUACCAGCGUUACGGACGACCGGCAAAACAAGAGAACUAUAAAAAACAUCAACUAAACACUUUUUAAGAAGAUCAAAUUAAAAAUUGUAUUUUAAAAUCUUUCCAAAUCUUCAUGUGGAUAUGAUUCUAGUCUAAUUACUGUGUUAUUAACUUUUAAGGUGUAACUUCUUUUAGUCUAAUUUUGUAUAACAAAAUCUAAAAAACACUACGUUUAAUGGCUAUAAAACGUUCAAGAAUCUUUUGAAUCUCCAUUAUGUUUUAUAUCUUUACUAUUAGUUUUUCCCAAAUGUAAUGGUUUUUUAUUAUUUUUCUACUUUUAUUUUUG